CCCAACCGGUCCCUCUUAUAAUAACCCCACAAGUCUCCCCCGCAUGAAAAGCUUGUUCCUUGCGCUAACCGAAUCGCUCCUCCCCAGCCACCACCGCCAUCACACAUCCGCCACAGCCACCAGUCCAUGGAACCACCACCACGACCACCACCACUUCCGCCACCAGCCCCCGCCUCCCGAUCCUCCACCACCACCACCCUCCAAAACAAGUACCAGCUGGGCCGGCUCCUCGGCCGGGGCAGCUUCGCCAAGGUCUACCAAGCCCUGUCCCUGGCCGACAACACCCACGUCGCGAUCAAGGUCAUCCACAAGGACAAGUCCGCCCUCAAGUCCCCCACCCUCGAGUCCCAGAUCCUCCGUGAGGUCGCCGCCAUGCGGCGGCUCCAGUCCCACCCCAACAUCCUCCGGAUCCAUGAGGUGAUGGCCACCCGGUCCCGGAUCUACCUCGUCAUGGAGCUCGCCGCCGGCGGGGAGCUCCUCUCCAGGAUCGUCCGCCGCGGCCGGUUCACCGAGCCGGCGGCCCGCCGCUACUUCCAGCAGCUCGUGUCGGCGCUCAACUACUGCCACGAGAACGGGGUUGCUCACCGGGACGUCAAGCCGCAGAACCUGCUGCUGGACCACAAGGGGAACCUGAAGGUCUCGGACUUUGGGCUGUCGGCGCUGCCGGAGCAGCUCCGGGACGGCUUGCUCCACACCGCUUGCGGGACCCCGGCUUUCACGGCUCCUGAGGUUGUUUGCCGGCGUGGCUACGAUGGUUCCAAGGCAGACGCGUGGUCUUGCGGUGUCAUCUUGUACAUGUUGCUUUGCGGUUACAUGCCCUUUGACGACAGCAACCUCGUCACCAUGUACAAGAGAACCCACAAGAGGGACUACCAGUUCCCCGAUUGGAUCUCCAAACCUGUGAAGCACAUCAUCCACCAGCUUCUCGAUCCCAAUCCCAACACGAGAAUGAGCUUGCAAGCUUUGGCGGGCACUUCUUGGUUCAAGAAAUCGCUCCCUUUGAAGUCCCACAAUAGCUUCUCGGACGUAGAACACUUGUUAGCCAGCGAAAAGGACUGUAGCGACUUCGAUGUCGGACCGAGCCUAAACGCGUUCGAUAUUAUUUCCUGGUCGUCGGGUCUCGAUAUGUCCAGGCUUUUCGAGAUCGACAGUAGGAAUGAGAGGCGGUUCGUGUCCAAUGCUUCUAUGGAGGUGAUUAUGGGGAAGUUGAAGGAGGUCGGUGGGAGAUUAGGGUAUAGUGUGGAGAAAGGGAAGGGUAGGAGUGUCAUCUUGGGGAAAGGGAAGUUGGUUUUGGUGGUGGAAGUGGUGGUGGUUGUGGAGGAGGUGGUGUUGGUGGAGGCAAAGGUGGUGGUCGACGGUGGCGGUGAGUUUGAGGAGGCUCACUGGGGAGAAUGGAAGGUCGGGCUCGAGGACAUUGUCGUCUCGUGGCACGAGGAAGUUUCUUGAUCGAAAUCUGAGGAUGAGAUACGAGACGAACAGGCUUUCAGGUUGUAGGAUACUAAGUAGAAUGAUGCAAGAACGUGUUGGUGUUCGUAUCUACGUAAACCCUAGUGUAGCCAUUGUUACAUUGUUUGAUUGUAAGAGAAAGGGAACGGGAUGGGUUUGAAACUAAUGCUAGAGAGGAACAUGUAUUGGUCUUGUACGUAACCCUCGGACAAGAUUUCUCUUCUUACUGUUGUUCUUGUUCUGCUUAGAGAUGCCAGUAUUGCGCUGUCAAUGAUUUUGUGUAUAUUUUGGCUAUUUGGCCUAGACAAAUGAAGAUGAUUUCCUUUCCACA